ACUUUACUAUGAGAAUAGUUAAAACACGCCUAAUCCGCCCGAACGUCGCGCGAAAUGAGUUUGAUCGAGACGGCCCCCGCAGGACUCUUCCAGGAGAUAAUUAAAUUGCAAUUAAAGAAGCCGAAGAACUGGAACUGGCAGCUAUCCACCUCGAAAUCGUCGCCCCACAUCGCCCUCCCAAUAAUCCAACUCUACAAUUCGAAAGGACAAUUGGUCCUCGAGGCGAAGGACAGCGGGGCGACCCAGAGAAGAAGUUGGCACAGUUCGGACGCACCGAAAGAAACAACCGCAAACGUCAAGAGGGAGAAUAAAGAACCGACACAGCGACAUUUACAGAGAUGUAGAAGCGACACAUUAGAAACUGAGAGGAGAAACCGCUCGGCAAACAAAUUGGAUUCGAUAAAAAGGAGAGAGAUACAGAGAUCGACGAAUAAUAAAUUAAGCAAGAGUUCUAGUGCGGUGUUAGAUAAUUCGAUAUCGAGGAAGGGCGCAGAUGCGACUAACGAAAAUAGAAAAUCAAGGAGCUACAAUGAAAAUUCAGUUAAAGGAGAAGACGGGGGAUGUGGGGGGAGGGGCAUGCAUGAUUUGAAGAAAUCGAGGAGCGAUGUCAUCGAGCUUAAAGGAAAUCCCCGUUUCGCUGAAACUUCCAAACGGAACCCUCUGCGCCCGAUAACAUCAGUUGUUGAUAUCGUGGAAAACAAAGAAAAAAACGACGUCAUCCAGAGCCACCGCCGUUGCAAAAGCGACGACCUGUUUCGCAGGAAAUUAAAAUACAACGAAGAAAGCUUGAAGCGUGCGGAGAUUGACGGUUACCGAAAGUUCGUAACACCAGCGACACUCCAGAAUGCUUUAUUGGCUAACAACCCUGCUAAUAUCGAACAUAACAGGUACAAAACCCGCACGAGCAGCGCCGGCACGUUAAUAAUUACGAACGAGAGUUUUAACAACCGCCACCGACGCCGGCGGCGUCGCGACGCGUCAAUAGAAAACUCGAACAACGCCCAGAAUAAUGCGGCUCUCAAGAAGGACACAAGUGAAGGGACCACUUUGCAUGUUAGACAAGGCGGCGAUCCAGCAAAUCUCGAAACAACCCUCUGCGAGAUGGAACAACAGCAGGAAAAUCGAUACAGUUCAACUGCAGAACAUAACAACAUCGACGCAACGCCGAAAACUAGAUUCCACGAAAACAAAGCGUCGAGGAAAAAUGGAAGCGCUCCCGCCGGUCUGUUUUAUUCUCGCAGUGAUAUAUUUCCGUUCGAAAAAACACUAAAUAACAGAGUGGACGAAAAACAUGACGAUAAGUGUAAUUACAUAGUGCACGACCCUGUGGUUCUCGACGGCGAUAAUAAAAACCGGAAAAACGCUCGGGCAAUUAUCGAAAAAUUGGAACGGAAAAAACGCAAAAAAGUGCGGAGACAUUACAGUGAUGCAUCAACGUCGCCCAGUCGGGAGAAGAAAUAUCAACAUAAAAGAAAGGGAAACGGGACAAAAGCACGUGUGGUGAAAGAGCACCCAAAGGACGCCGUCGUCGGCAGCGGUGACUCGGACCUGCUGCAGCUGGUGCGUCGCCUCUCCUCGAGCGAUCAUGUGAAGAUGGGGGCCAACGUCAGCCGUCACUCGUCCAAGGGCUUAUCCGGACGGCGGUCCCAAUCCAGCGGCAGCAUCUGCAACGGAAAGGGGCGGCACGGCGACGGCAAGAUGUGCGGCAGUCUGCCGAGCUACUUGGACGACCGCAACUCCACCGGCUGCAAUAACAACCAUCACGACUGCGAGAAGCCGCCGCUUGAUGAGGUGCAGAGGAUACCUCCUCUGGGGGAUGGGGCGCCGCUUCACUGGAAGUUUUCAGAUAACCAGACGGCGCUCUGCGACCAGGGCUACGGUUCGGAACGUUCCCCCGAGGAGGAAUAUCCGCCGCCCUUGCCCGACCAUGACAGCCAGUGUCACCACCACCUGGAACCCCACGCUUGUUACCCUUUCAUCACACCAGAAAGCACCUUCAUUGUGAAACUAACGAAAAGUUCAAGAGGUCUUGGUUUGAGCGUGACCGGUGGUAUUGACAGCGGCGGCUCGUGGCCUGGGCUAAUACGAAUCAAAAGACUGUUCCCACAUCAGCCAGCGUCGGCCUGUGGUCUUUUAAACGUAGGGGAUCUCUUAAUAGAAGCUAACGGAAUUACGCUUACCGGCCUUACAAAUUAUGAGGCUCUAGAAGUAUUAAGAACUGCACCUAACCAAGUCGACUUGAAGGUGUGUCGACCUCCUCCGGACGUACUGAGCUGUGUGAGUCCCAUAUCCGAAGUUCCUCCGCCGCCACCAAGAAGAGAACCGCCCACUAGUCUUAACUUGCAUUCGUCGGAGAUGUACUGUACUCCAGAGGAUGACUAUUAUCACGGCGUACCUGAAACGCCCGAACAGCAGAGGAAAGUUUUUACCUACAUUUGCUGCAGAUACACGUGCGAUCCGUGCAAUGAAUUUGAGGUGACGCUGACCAAAAUACAGGGAUCUCUAGGAUUUACGUUACGUAAAGAAGACGAUAGUGCUUUAGGACAUUACGUAAGAGCUCUAGUGCGUGAACCUGCUCUCACGGAUGGCAGGAUCCGAGCAGGAGACAAAAUUAUAGCUGUGAACGAGGUUGAAAUUUCGUCGAUGUCUCACGAACAGGCUGUACAGUUUCUUAGACAAUGCGGUGACGUGGUCAAGUUGCGGUUGUACAGGGACUCGGCGCAAACUCCAGUGGCUGCUCUCUCGCCAACAGAAACCACACCAAGGACUUCCUUCUCGAAAAAGACUAACUUGAGGCAAGAAGCCGUAGACAUGCUGAACGACAUAGCCGUACGAAAGCUCAUCCCCAGCAACCACCCUACGUACAAGUGUACCCAGUCCCCGACUUCUUCGCCUCGUCGACUCCGUCGCCAGGCCUGUCCAUCUGAUGCUUCCCAAAUGACCGACGUUUCGAUGAAAUACUUGAUAAACGAGGAGCAGUUCCACGAAGGUUUGCUCCAGAAAUGCUCGCUCCCUUACGACGACGACAUCAAUCUCUUCACCAUCGACCCCGACGACGGCGACAGACCGUCCAGGCCCAGCUCGCUGGACCUCUACAACCCCAACCAGACUCCCGUCGCCUGUAGGAAGCCCCGUUUCAACUUCUCCCUCGCUCACAACGCCUACGAACUGAACAAUCUCGAUGCAGACGUUUUAGAUGCCCCGAAUUUAACGUACAACUUGGGUAACGACGACGUCAAGAGUACGGAAGUGGAAUGCGGGGACAGUUUUCCUAAGGAACCGGCAAGUAUGCCGCAUAUUCCGAGCGACAAUCCUGGCUUCAGCUACAAGAAUCCAGCCUACCAGUCCGCUCACCCGCCAUGCGGGACCGAGCUAGAGGAGAAGCCCGCACCGCCGGUGGCCAAGAGCGGCAAACCGGACGAUAGUAACAUGAAGAAGUGGAAGGGGGUGGUGUUCGAGGGGCACGACGAGAAGGAGGAAGUGCCGAAGAUGACCAUCGAGGAAGAAUAUGAAAUCCUUGCGAUUGAGCUGAACAGGGGAUGGAACAGUAGGUUGGGGUUCAGUCUGCAGGGGGCUGCGGGGGUGACGUACGUAAGUGCCGUGCAUGCGGAUAGCGUGGCUGCUAGGGACGGUAGAUUAAAACCGGGAGAUCGAGUGAUAAAGGUGAACGACGAGAGUGUGGAGCAUUUAAGUACCAAUGAGAUCAUCGACUUGCUGCGAAUAGUAAGAGGUCCAGUUUGUAUAGUUGUAUCCAGAAUUAAAUCAAAAGAAGACUGCCCAAAAAGCAAUGCAGAGAAUUGAAACGUAGUACAAGUUAUAUUCUAAGAGCAUCUAUCAGAUAUAACAGUAAAUAGAAGUUGAUAUAUUGCAUGUUAAGCGGAUAUGAUUGAAUAAUUUAGAAUGUUUUAAAAAUUUUAAAUUCCUUAUUAAGACGAAAAAUGUGAUAGUUUAGUAACAGUUUUAUUGCGGUUGUUUUUAAUGAUUCCCCUAAGUGAAAUGUGAUUAUAUUUUUAAAUGCGCUAUUUUGUUAUUACUUUUUUUUUCUGUUUUCAAAUGCGUAAAAUAUAAAAUGUUCUCGUAUUUAGAAUUCUAAGCUAGUCUUGUAUUGUAAACUAUUAUGGUACACCUUAACUUAUGGACUUAUUAUAUAAGUCUAGUUAGAACUGUAUGUAGUUAAUAUUACGACUAUUAUUAGAUUCAAUGUUCAACAAGUAGAAUCAAAGUGUACAACAAUAUUCGAUUUUAAAGAUAAUGAUAUUAAAAAAAUUGUAUUCUAAAUUCUCGCCUAAAUAGCAAAUGUGUAUUCUUUAUUUUUUGUAAGAUAAUGUUGAAUCAAAACUAUAAAAUCAAUUAAAUUCUAGCAAUACUUGGAACUAAAAAGUCUACGAUAUUUGUUAUGAGAGCCAUUACUAUUCAGAUUUUG